UUGAAUAUUUGAAUAACGUGAUUUUUCAAUUUAUUAGAACAGCGCUUCUAACUUUAAUUUGUCCUCACUUUACAGUUGCCCUAUUCCACUAAAACUGAAUUAACAGAAAACUACAUUUUUUUACAAAUGUCUCGUAAUGAAAUCUGUCACUCUCUUAAUAAAGUUUUCAAGUUAAUGAUUGGAAAUAAAUUGCGUGAAGAUAUGGAUGACACUUUAUUAGAAAAGUUAUUAAGUGUCAUCAAAUUAAAAAUAUCUCAAGAUUUUUCCGGUGAUAACAGAUUUACAGAAAAACUAAAUAUCGCUCAAGAUCUGCUGUCGAAUACACAAGUUCUUAAUUUGGCUGAAAAAGUAAUUAUAUCUCUAAAUAACAGUACCACUGAUAUGUCGCCUACAAUCCAGAAAUUUACUAUUCAGCUUGUUGGUGUACUCUUUGGGAAUAAAGAUGUUUUUAUUUUGUAUAAAGAUUCCAUUAUCUUAAAAGAAUUAUCAAAUGCAGUAAGAAAUAAUGUAACUACAACUUAUCUGCCUACAGUUCAGUGUGCAAUUUUGCUUUGUUUUACAAAUAUGACCAAACAUUUUGAAGGAAUAAUAUGGCUUAAAGAUGAAAAUUUAAUGCAAUUUGUAUUUUCAAGCUUUUCAUCAUCAAGUUAUCAUGUAAGAGCAAAGGCUGUUUCUUUUUUCACUGAGGUUUUAACCAUGUGGACAUCUUCAAAUAUGUCAUUACUUCCAGUACAAGAACAAUUUUUGUUAAAUAACUUAUUCAAAAAUAUUGUUCUUGAUCUUAUAUCUGGAAUUCGGCUUCAUAGUAUCGAUCAAGAAAACAAUACUAUUGACUGCUGCCUAUUAGUUUUGAAAGACUCUUUUGAAAUAUCUAAUAUUCAGAAUCUAGUUAACAGCAGUUCUGUUCUAAAACAACAAUUUUCUCAUUAUUUUGAGUGUUUAACAAAUUGUGGUAUAGUAAACGAAAAAGUCUUGAAUCUUCUUCUUUGUGUUUUUACCAGUGGUGGUGUUUCUGAACUUUUUAUUCAAGAUGUAGUAAAAUUACUUAUUUCGCAUUCACUGUUUGCUUCUGCUGUAGAUCUUGUGGGAUCAAUUUUAAGGUAUUCAAAGGAAAAUAUGCCUAUUUUGAAGCAACAUAUCCAAUUCCUCACUCUGCCAUUAAAAAUUUUGGUAGGAAAUAGUUUUCAGAAAAAUAUGGCUGAUAUUUUUGGCUUAUCCUGUCAAGAAAUCCAUGAAUCUGUGUCCAAAAUAAUAGAAGUUAAGUCAGAUUGCAUAAAGAUUAUUAUUUCAUGUCUCCUGUCAUUAUCUAAAUUGACAAAAUUGAUGAAUCCAGACGCACUUGAAGACACUUUAUUGUCCAUUAGUAUAGUUAUAACAGGACCUACUUGCUGUCAAAAUCACCCUAUGUCUUAUGUAUGCUUAGAAAACAGAAGAAUUUGCUUUGCAUUGCUAGAAUUACUUUCAUCCAUAUUAAGGGAGAAAGUUUAUGCUUCUAUGAAAUUCAAGAAUCAGCUCAAUGUGAUAAAUUAUCUUAUGUGUUUCAUUGAAAAUCGUUUUGACUACAAUGUUACAGCUGAAGUGCUGAGGUUGUUAGGAUCUGUAACCAUUCUUAAUAAUAAAUAUUCUAUUUUACUUCCGGAUGAAGAAAAAGAGAAAGUGGUGCAUCUGUUAUGUAAGAAAUUAAUGGAUAAAACUGAAACCAUUGUAUUGUCAGCAUUGUCUGUGGUGGAUUCCAUCAUUCGCACAGACGAGAAUCAGUUUUGGAAAGACGUUGUUUUGAAACAAAAUCUUCACCAGAUUGUGUGGGAAAUGGGAGUGGAUGGCAUUCAGGAUGGGGUGCUGAAAGCAGCUUCACUCCAAACAACUCUCCAAGUUUGCAGAGUGCUUUAUUUUUGGGAAGACAUCCAGUCCUCUAAAAAAGUGAAAGAAGAAGAUGUGAUGAAGAUAUUUUUUCGGUAUUAUCGUGACCCUGACUUUUAUGUUCAGCGAGAAUCACUGACUUGCAUAAUUGAAUGGUUGAAAGACAAAGAAGCUGAACUUCCUUUAGCUUGUAGAGAUCAACUACUGAUUAUAUUAUCAGAGGCUAUGAAAAGUUUGGAUAUGGAUCAGAAAGAUAUUGCCUUGAAAGCAUGGACUUGGCUGUUAGAAUCUGAUAAAUUCUUCCCUGGAGCCAUGAAAAAUUUAGAUAAUCUGCUGAAAGCUGUUUGUAAAUCAGGAUUUGCAUUUUCUUUGAUAUUAGCCAUUGAAGACUAUGAUGAAGCAAUUCAGUACAAAGCAACAGAAAUUUUGAUCAAAUUUCGAGAAACUCUCCAAAAAAUGGGUUGUACUGAAGACUAUACUGUGGCAGAUGAAUCAAAAUGGAAUUCUUCAGAAACGAAACUUGUGGAUGAAUUUAGUUUUGAACACAUUAGCAAGGAGGAUAGAGAUGCAGGAAUAGAAAAUGUGGUGAAGUUGACAACUGCAGAACAAAUAGCUAAAUUAGCAAUUAUACCUAAUAUUACCAAUGACAGUAAUUCUGAAAACUGUGUUCCAGUACAAAUGGACACUCUUUCCUUUCCAAUAAAUUCUUUCUUGAAAUAUGUAUGGUCUAAUAGCUUGAAUUGUAUUAUAUCAAAAUCUAAUGUUUCAACAGAUUUGUUUUCUGAAUAUACUUUAUCAUUAUUGGAUGAUAUUAUUGCUUCGAAUAUAAAAGACAUUUGUCGACCAGUGGAUGAUAUUCCUGACUGCUAUUAAAUUUAAAAUAUUGCAAAAUCGUAUUUGCUUCAUUGCCUUGUCUUGUAAAAUGUCUGAAAUUGAAAUGUUUAUAAAUUUGGAGAUCAUUUUUUUUCCUGUAAAACUUUACUAAAUGCACCUCUUAAUUUUGUAUUGCAAUUGAACAGUUUUAAUUAAAUAAUGUAUCUGUGGACGAAUAUAUAUUGCUAAGUGUGUGUGUGUGUGUGUGUGUGUUAUUGCAGUUUAAGUGUAAUAACGUCUGCAAAAAUUUUAAUGAAGUCAGAUUUCUUGUUAUAAUUCUUCGUAGGCAA